AGCCAUUUUGUCUCCUGUAUUACUUGUGAUGGGAAGCGGAACAGCCGUCAAGGAGGAGAAGCGCCGAUAAAAUGAGCUGUUGAGGCAGACGCACCGGACUGAAAGGGCUGAGCUCGAGCGCGGGAAAAGGAUAAACUUACGGUUAAUGAAGGUGGUUAGUUAGGUGCCGUCUACCCACCGUCUCACCCUUACUACGUCGAUAUGAUCGGCUAGUUAACGCCGGUAGCCAGUGGCUUCUGUUAUCCUGCUGUCGAUCGUAGUGAGCUCGGUUGCUCUAGGUGGCUAGCUAGCUAGUUAGCUAACGGCGUUAGACUUAACCGGCCGGUCCGUCGCGUGCACCAGCGUUCCCCCCGGGUCGACGUUGUCUUUCCCUAACGCCACUCUCUUUAGCUAGGUAGCUAGCUAGUAGCUUCGUAGCGCUGUCUUCUUGUCCUCGAUCGCUAACUUCUGACUAGUAGAGAUUAGCCGUCUGACGGCCUUAUUUUUUCCCUCCCUGCCUGGCUUCUGCUUGAAAAAUUGAUUUAACUACUCAGUUCUCGACUCGUAAGUCUUCGUUUUCCCACACAGGAGGAGAGAUAAGCGUAAGUAAGGAGCUGAGUGUCUGUGUCGGUGAUUGAUCUGCCACUCAUUUAGCUGAACGAAUUUUUUAGUCUCAUUUCUGGAAUUAAUUUAAAAAACAAAAAAAAAAAAUCAGCCCCCCCAGGCCACUACUACUACUCCCACUCUGUAUAAUUCGAAGUCGAUGAAAGCCGAGUUCACACUAGUGACUAGUCAUUUAUCACCGGCGGCGGCGUCACCCCUCCGCGACGCGCUGCUCAGCUCCGCUUCCAUCGAAGAUUUGUAAUUUGUAGCGGCCGAGCUUCGUAACCCGUAACUGCUUCCGACCCAAGGCUUCUCGUAGCACCGCUGGCUGGACGGGCCGGCUUCACUCUGCCGCAUGUUGUCUUCUCAUGUAGCUCCUUCGGAGACCUUUUGCUUUCGAUCCAGACGCCGGACGUCAUCAUCAACUUCUUCUUCUUCUUCUUCUUCUUGGGCGGGUGGAAAAACGCCACUCGCUGCUUCCCGCUGCCAGCAGCAGCAGUGAAGAAUUUCUCUAGUUUUUUUGGGCGCUCAUUCAAGCCGGCCUGACCAGUUUUGUGCUCGGGGCGUGGAGAAAUCAUCAUCAUGUCAGGCCAGUCGAUCACGGACCGAAUCGCCGCUGCGCAGCACAGCAUGACGGGCUCGGCCAUCAGCAAGGCGGUGUGCAAGGCCACGACGCACGAAGUGAGCGGCCCCAAGAAGAAGCACCUCGACUACCUGAUCCACUGUACCAAUGAGAUGAAUGUGAGCAUCCCUCAGCUGGCUGAUACCCUCUUCGAGAGGACUGCCAACAAUAGCUGGGUGGUGGUGUUCAAGGCUCUCAUCACCACCCACCACCUUAUGAUGUAUGGAAAUGAGCGGUUCAUCCAGUACCUGGCAUCAAGAAAUACCCUGUUUAACCUGAACAACUUCUUAGAUAAAGGUGCAUUGCAAGGCUAUGAUAUGUCAACGUUCAUCAGGCGCUACAGCAGGUAUCUAAAUGAGAAGGCCCUGUCCUAUAGGCUGGUUGCAGUUGAUUUUACCAAGAUGAAGAGAGGAAUUGAUGGAGUGAUGCGCACUAUGAACACAGAAAAGCUCAUCAAGACCCUGCCCAUCAUUCAGAACCAGUUAGAUGCCCUGCUGGACUUUGAGGCCAACCCCAAUGAACUAACCAAUGGAGUCAUCAAUGCUGCCUUCAUGCUUCUCUUCAAAGACUCCAUCCGUCUCUUUGCUGCCUACAAUGAGGGUGUCAUCAAUUUGCUCGAGAAGUACUUUGACAUGAAGAAGAAUCAGUGCAAAGAAGCCCUGGACAUUUACAAGAAAUUUCUCUAUAGAAUGACUAAGCUGUCAGAGUUUCUCAAAGUAGCAGAGCAAGUUGGAAUUGAUCAGGGUGACAUCCCAGAUCUAACACAGGCCCCCAGCAGCCUUCUAGAGGCCUUGGAACAGCACUUGGCCUCUCUGGAGGGCAAGAAGACCAAGGAACUAUCUGCAGCCAGCAGAGCUAGCACACUUUCCAGCGCUGUGUCCUCGUUGUCCAAUACGGGCAUGUCCUUCAGUCGGAUGGAUGAGAAGGAGAAGCAACAGGCGCUGGAAGAAGAGCAGACCAGGCUGCAGUCCCUCAAGGAUCACAGGCUGAAGGAGUUUGGCAUGCAGACUCCCACUGCAUCCCCCAGCACGCAGUCAACAACUAGUGCUAAUGGCAGCAGCACGGGCAUGGACCUCUUUAACACUGCUCAAGCACCUUCCACCAGCAGCAUGCCAAACCUUACAAAUGACCUGUUUGACCUCCAGCCUACCUUUGUCCCUGCGGUCCAAAGCACACCUGCCGUCUCCACUGUCAACAGCACCUGGGGAGGUCUGGAAAUCCAUCCCGUCCAACCAUCCAUUCCAAUGCCCACAAUGAAUGUAGAUUUUGAUGCUGUGUUCGGGACUAAAGUUGCCAGUAAUGAUAUGAAGCCUGCAUCUGUAGCAGACAUGCUGAAGCCCACAGUGACCAUACAGAGCCAGGUGCCAGCCAUGCCAACGCACACUGGAGGAGGAAAGCUGCUGGCCAGUGACCUUGACUCAUCCCUAGCCAACCUUGUAGGCAACCUUCAGUUUGGAGGAACACCAGCCAAAAAGCCAGAUAUGCAGUGGACCCAACCAGGUGAGAAGAAGUUAACUGGUGGCUCAAACUGGCAGUCCAAGACCAUGAGCACGACCACAGCCUGGAACCCUGCACCCCUGGCCCAGGCUCCCAUACCUGUGCCGCAGAUGAAUGGAAUGAUCUAUACUGGUUAUACUCCAGCUCCCAUGGCGUUUCCCAUGACAACACCACAAGUGCCUGUGUAUGGAAUGAUUCCUCCACAGAUGGGGCAGAUGGGUGGUGUCCCUAUGAUGUCACCCCAACCCAUGAUGUAUAACCAGCCUGUUCUCAGACCCACCAACCCUUUUGCCCCGAUCCCUGGAGCCCAGAUGCAGUUCAUGUAGUGCUGGUAAAGGGUGUUGCACAGAGGGCAGGAGCACACAAACACAGAUAAACUUACAAAGAAAGAAACGAAGGAAAAAAUGAAGAUGGCAACACCAAAUAGGAGAGAGGCAUGAAGGACUUGGGGUCAUGCGUACAGGCACAGGAUGUGCAUUAGUAAUGGCCUGAGUGUGUUACCACCCUCUUUAUGAAACAGCCUGUGACCUGUCCUCUCCCCCCUUGGCUCAUGUUCACUCUGGAGACUCCUCCUUUUCACUUCCUUUUGUUUAACAGAGUUGCACAUUACACUGCACUUCACAUUUGUCUGCAUUUCUUUUGUGAAUUGCCACUGUUACCAGGAGCAGCACAUGGUUUGACAGUCUGAUGUUAACUUUGGUAGCUAAUUUUACAGAAGUUUCUAAAGCAGCAUCUGUUUAUGAUAAUCUUUGCUGUAUCUGACUGGACUUGCAGCCAAAACCAGCUGCACUGUAGGAGUUCCUGCUGUUAAAUGUGCCCAGCUCAGCUACAUUCACAAGUCACUCUGUGCUGUGAUUUGUUCUUUUGUGCUAACUGUACCGAGUGUGGGCUGCCAAGGUCGAGUGUGAGGGAGUUGGGAAUCUUUUUCAGGCAAAGAGCUGAGCUCAGACUGGCUGUAAUAUUACUUAUCAGUUACCUUCCUUCCUUCAGUUUGCAGUGUCAGCUUGUGUGACACGUCAGCAUUUUAACUUCUCCCAACUUGUAUCGAGCCUAUUAAAUGAUUUACAUGUGUGUUUGCAAUGUGAGAUCUUCUCCUUGCCCCUCUUUUAUGAUAGCAGGACCCAGUGAAGGUCCUUAAUUGUCACUCACAUUCUGUUAAUGACAUUUAUAUGUAACUGAUUUAAUGAUAUAGUGUGUGUGUGUGUGUGAGAUGGAGAAAUGCCUAAAUGGCAUUAAAUACUAUGUGUUUUUGUAAAUGACAUAAGGCUGCACACAUGGUGUGUUGGGUGGGGUGUUUUUUUUUUUU